UGUGCGGGCUCCCGUAAGAAUGCAACACCGGGAGAAGUUCCCUGGGAAACACGGACACUUAAGGAGGGAGUUUUAAACAGGGUCCCGAAUCGGGACUUGGAGCGAAACUAUUUUAUCGCAUACCUUGUAAAGAAGUGAACUUGGGAAAGUGAAGAGAAAGCUGGCACUGGCGUACCUGCGGUAGUCAAGGUGGACCCGGCGUGACUGAGCCAUGGAAAGAAAUUCUGAGUACCAGGAUAAUGAAAGCAGCAUCUCGACAGGUUCUGACAGCUCCCCAGGCAUGGACAGGAAUCCCUCUCCACCAGCCAGUGAUGAUGAGGAUGAUCCAGUUGAUGACGCCAUUGGAGACACCGCCUACAGCAAGCACUGGCUCGUCAGAACACUGACAAAGCUCAUUCAGCCCCUAUCAAAUCAGCAUGAAAAUGCAGAAGGAGCAGAUGAAAGUAGUCAACCUGAUUUGGAUGAGGAUAUUGAGAGCGAGAUUUGCAAAGUCUGGGACAUGUCAAUGGAUCAGGAUGUAGCUGCUUUUCUGCAAGAAUUUAAAGCGGCAGACAUCUUACUGGAAGUCAUCGUUAAGUCUCGUUGUCCCAGAUUGACGGAAAUCUGUGUUGGCAUUCUUGGCAAUAUUGCUUGCUUCCCAGAGACCUGCCAGUCCAUAAGCAGAAAUGAUGACCUUGGGGAGGUGCUGCUGCUGCUAUUAGGAGAUUCAGAUCCUCCAACACUUCUGGAAACAAGCAGGUUGCUGUUGACAUGCUUGUCUCAACCAGAAGUCUCCCCUUGCUGGAUAGAGCGGAUAAAAAAUCAGAAAACUGUGUGUGAGAACAUCUGCUUCAUCAUGUCAAGCUCUACUUCUGUGGAUUUACUUGUGAAGGUGGGAGAGGUAGUAGACAAGAUGUUUGAUUUGGAUGAAGAAUUGAUGAGACACUGGAUUGGGAAUGCUGCUGAGGCAUCAACUGGAAACAACCGUGAAGAUGAAGAGCCUAAAGCAAUUGCUGAUACCUUGGGUAUUGCUCCAUGUUUGCUUGAGGCAAUCAAGCAACUGAGGCAUGAAAGCCCUGAUGGACUUGAGGUUUAUAUGCAUAUUUUGCAGCUUCUUACUACUGUGGAUGAGGGCAUCCAAGCUAUAGUGGUGUCUGCAGAGAUAGGUGAAAACACAUGGAGUCUGCUCUGUGACAUUGUGUGUAAUGACCUUUGCCAGCCUGAUGACCCCCCAAUUGUUAUACAGGAACAGAAGAUUCUAUUGGCAUCGAUUCUGUCUGUAUUGUCAGCCAUGUUUGCUUGUCAGUCCCAGCAUGCCUACAGCAAGAUGGACAGAAACCUGAAACUGAUAGGCAGUCUAUUCAGGGUGCUGCAGUAUCUGCGGGAGUGUCAGCAGAGGGAGACCAAUGAACAGAGUAAAACAGAUGGGGUUCAAGAGGAACAGAUGACCAUCCUUCAGGAGACCUGUUGUGAAUUCCUCUCCAACAUUCUUACAGAACUACCCAAGGAGACGACCCUGGAACUAAUCCAGGAAGGUUAUCUGAGUGAGGAGUCUUGCAAUACAGCCUUUCAGAGCUUGCUGCCUCUGUACAGCUCAGCGAUGCAGCAUUUCUUUGGUGUGCUCAUGGAUGUAAACAAGAAGCUAGCUAUGAACCUUCUUAAUGAGUUCCCCAUCCUUAAACCUUGAAGAUAAUAUUUGAAACUACCUGUGUUGGACAGAGCUUGACCUCCUGGUUUGGUACCAUUUCAACUACUUCCUAAAAAAAGAUGGAUCAACAUUUUUCAUGAAAGUUGUCUAUUAACACCAUCCAUGCCAUGCAGGUUUUUAUUCCCAACUACCCAUGAGCUAAUCCUCCAACUUUUGUUGAGUUUUCCUUUUCAGACUGCAUUUCUGGUGAUCAGUCUCUUGGAAUACUGUUGACACUCUAACUAGACUCAUUGAAGUUUGCAUUUGUGGACACAUACAUAAUUUUUUUAUUAUAAAAUGUGACAGACUUUUGUGUUUGUUCCGACUGGUAGUGACAAUUAAGGUCUUUUCUGGGCAACAGAAGGAUCUUCAAGUGAAUAAGUGGCUGCUUUAAAUUCUGCUUUGUGUGGACAAACUUGAUCAGAAAGACAAACACAUGGCCCACAAAAUAUCUACCAAAAAUAUUAUGUAGUGUCUGAAUAGUUUUAAAUGUAGCCAGCUACACUGGAACAUCUUAUUGAAUUUAUCCUGUAUCAUGAAUAAUUAAGGACUCAUUUUGUGGACCUUUUUAUUUUAGAAUGUUUAGCUCUUAUGUUUUUUGAUUGCUUAUAGAAUUAGCUGAAUCCAUCAGACUCCCAAAGUUUAUUAACAUGUACUGAUAACCAUCAACUGUCAAGGUGGUUUGUAAAAAGAGACUGUUUGUUUUGCAAACUUGAAACGUAUGAUCUGUGAAAUUUGUUUUUAAAUGGGUUUGUCUUUAAAGAGUUGUGGUACAAUGAGUCCAGUUUAAUACUUAUGAUAGGCAUCAUAAUGUAAGAGCCUUUUAGCUAAAAUUUGUAUGCUUGACCAAAAUGUACAGUACUGUUAAAGAAGGGCUUGAGCUGCAUUGCUCUUUAUAGUUGUGAAACCUAUUAAAUGAGUGUUUACUCUAGAUGUGACCUUAUAACAAUUCCACCUUGGGGAUUAACAAAGUAUAUCCAAAACAAAAAUUCUAGAAAUUACAGAAAUAAGGUAAAUUAGUAAAUAACCAUAAUUGCACUAAUCAUUGCACCCACAUGAUUUGCAGUAAAAGCCUCAUGCGGAGAAAUAACUGAAAAUGUUAGUCAGCUAUGGCUUUUAAAGGGCCUCUGUCAGUUGGCAUCGGUUUAACCAGAGUCUUGUUACACUUACUGAUUUCAGGUAUAUUUCAAUAUUUUUUUGGAUUUUCUUUCUGAACAUUGCAGUUUAGAAUCCCAUUUGUACCUCUUUAACAGGGAGAACAUAUUAUUAUUGUUGCAUUGUUUUGUAUUUUUAUGUACUUUGAUUUUCUUUCCACUUCCCAAAUACUGUAUGUGUUUGUUUGGCUGCUUGGCAACUCUAAAAUGACUGGCACCUUGUCCAGAGCUUGUGCUCAAUGCUGCCUGAACUGCAGAUAUUGAAUCUUUGCUUCAGAGUACAAAAAUGUUUUAUAUUAAGGUGAUGCUUAAGGUUAUGCUGAACUUAAUGGAUGGCUCGGGAAAUCAAAGUUUUAACAAAAUAACUUCUUUUCUCAUUUGCAGAAGGAAAAAAGGCAAUUGGAAGUGACGAAUCAUAUUAGUCUGAGAAGUUGGGAAUGUAGAAAACUCAAAUUGGAAAAAUGUGCUUGUAGUUAAGACAGAAUCCAGCCUACACUUGGUCAAUUGCAAGGUACACUGACAUGUCAGCCUAAAGUUAACAUAUUAGCUUAAGUUAUUGAACAAGGAAGGAGAACAUGGGCUGAAAUAAUUUAAGAUCACAUCUUAGACAAAACAUUACAAAUCACACAGUUAAUUGCAUAUUUGUUUAAAUACUGUUAUCUAUAACACAACAAACUUUAUAUUGGCCAAAGCUUACAUUUUUAAACUUCAAGUUAUUUUUACAAAGCUUACUUUCUAAUAUGGGCCUAGUAAUGAACUUAUCAUAUUCACAUUAUCACAGAGUACAGAUACUGUAAAUAAAUAAAACAAAAAAUAUUGAACACAAAAAGUAAUGUAGUAUGUACACAUACACUGUAGAUCUACAUUUUGUUAUUAAUAGAUUCUAUUAAAACUCCUAAAACAUCCAAACAUCAAAAGCCAUUUUGAAAAUACUUUUUUAUGUUAUAACCUUACACAUUAUUUUCAUUAGUAAAGCAAAAAUAAGCAAGUGUGCCCUCUAUGUUGUCAUGGCUGUAGACAUCAGGGACUUUUUAUGUUAUUAAAGUGAUGGAUUAUAUGCAGUCUGUCAUCAGAAGUAGUCCCAUGCAAUUGUGGCGUGUGUCCAUGUAAUAAUCUCCGGGGUAAUUAUUAGUCACAUUCUGCAGAUGGUCUGAACAAAAAAAAAAAUGGAAAAGUCAGGAUGUUUGCUUUCCAGCUCUGCACAUAAAGACUAAAUUGACGUGAACCCACACUGGUGGUCUGUGAAUGUGGAAAAUUUCCUCAUCUUAAAUGAUGCAUACAGACUUCCUCGGGGGCUGCCUGCCACUGCACCCUUGUUACUUUUAUAUUCUUUGACAAGCUAAAUUAUGUUUACUUGACCUGUCUACACUUGUCUGUUCUUUUUCCAAUAUGUUUUAUAUAAACAUUCCCAGAGUUAUGUUGUGAUUUAUCAUCAGAGGGUGAGACAUUGGAUAGUGUUCCAGAGUGGGCACCGGGAUCAAACUGUUUCAUGUAUGUGGCGUCCCAUAGGUGGGACGAUGCUUAUAGACCCUGCAGCGCUGGAGACUUGGAUCACAUUCCCAGCCUGCUCACUUGUGGCGAGGAGCUUGCACAAUGGCCAUGUCUCUUUUCUUCUGAAUUCCAAAGACAAGACUCUAAAUUGUUCUACUGUCGGAGAGUCUGAGUGUGAC